GGUUUGCCGUAGAUAGCAUGCCGGUUAUCGUCUUAGUCGGGUACUGGCUUCUCCAAACACUCACUACCCUGUUUCCCCUUUUCCUUACUCUAGCGAUCAACAUGUCAUACGUUAUCGCCGCUUCCGUCAUAUUCUGUGCUGUGGCAUUCGUAAAUGGGGAGCGGAUAACCGGGAAAAAAUAUGACCAGGAUCCAAGCAGACCUAUGUAUCUGGACAUCGCAUGGAAAGCUUCAAAAACGCUCAAUGAAGAUUCUGCUCUGAACGCUGGAUCUUAUGCCAUGAUGCCUAUCCAGGUUUUGAAAGCUCAAAGCCAAGUAGUUGCUGGGAUCCACUACUACCUGGAAGUCCUUUAUGGUGAAUCAGGUUGCAAGAAAAACGGAGUUGACCUUGCCAAGCUGCAGAUUGCCGAUUGCAAAGUGAUGAACGAAGGGAAAAGAGCUAUCUACAAUAUUAGCUAUCAUGCUAAACCCUGGCAAAAUUACGAAAAAAUCAACGUGUCUAAAGUAAAGGAUAUCGCAGCGAUGGCAGGAGGAAAACAAGACCAGGAUCCAAACAGACCUAUGUAUAUGGAUAUCGCAUGGAAAGCUGCAAAAACGCUCAAUCAGGACUCUGCUCUGAACCCUGGAGCCUAUGCCAUGAUGCCAAUCAAGGUUUCGAAAGCCCAAAGUCAGGUAGUUGCUGGAAUAAACUACUACUUGGAAGUCCUCUAUGGCGAGUCCGGCUGCAAGAAAAAGGGAGUUGACCUUGCCAAGCUGCAGAUGGCCAAUUGCAAAGUGAUGAACGAAGGAAAAAGAGCGAUUUACAAAAUUAGCUACCAUGCUAAACCCUGGCAAAACUACGAAAAAAUCAACGUAUCGAGAGUAGAGGAUGACGCAGCGAAGACAGAAGGAAAGCAAGCCCAAGAUCCACGUAAAAUCGACUAUAUGGAGAUGGCCUGGGAGUUUGCAAAAGCGCACAGUAGGGACUCUCCAGUAGCUGGCGAAUUUGUCAUGAUGCCAAUCAAGAUUUUGGGGGCCGGAUACCAUGGCGCCGGACCUGCUAAAAUCAUCUAUGACAUGGAAGUUGUUUUUGGUGAAUCUAAUUGUAAGAAGAAGGAAGUUGACCUGGACACACUGCAGAUGGCCGAUUGUAAAUUGACGAAUAGUGGAUAUAGAGGUGUCUACAGCAUUCAUCGCGUUGCCAAACCGCGGCAGAACCACGAGCAAAAAGAAGUACCAAAAGCAAAGAACAUGACGAACGGAGGACGAGAAGUGCAGGAUCCAAGCAAACCCGAGUAUAUGGAUAUCGCCUGGGAAGCUGCGAAAACGCUCAAUGAGGACUCUACUGCAAACUCUGGAGAAUAUGCCAUGAUCCCAAUCAGGGUCUUGAUGGCCGAAAGCCAAGUCGUUGCCGGAAUCACUAUUAAUUUGAAAGUUGUUUAUGGUGAAACCCACUGCAAGAAAGACAAAGUUGACCUCGCCGCACUACGAACAGCCAAAUGCAAGGUGACAAAAGAAGGAAAAAUAGCUAUCUUCGAAGUUCAUUAUCAUGCUAAGCCUUGGCGAAAACUUGAGCAAAUCAAAGUAUCGAAAGUAAAGAUUGAUUUCCCAUUAAAUGCUACCAAUGUGGAUGCUCUUUUUGCACUACCACACUUCUGAUCAAAUUUCUUGAAUAAAUAUGAACACAGAUAAGAUUU